AUGGUCCUUAGUCUCGUUCGCAAGGAAGGCGUGGCCGCAUUGGCAUAUUCUGCAAAUGAUGUAUCUGUGCUGUGGCCGUGUUCUCUAAAGAUUCUGCAUUCGGACGCGCAGUUCGUGGUGUCGCUCGAACAUUCUUAUUCAAUUCAUGGCUUCGACGACAAGCAACUCUUUACCCUUCGCUACGAAGGUGACAAUCUUAUGCCUGGCAAGACCUCACUUGGAGAUGUUGAUAUUUCCCUCCCAGAUGGGUCGUUGCACGACAUCGCACGGCAUGGGCAACCCCGGCUGCGAACGCUGUCGCUGACACUCAAAACACCCUGUUCUGUAUGGUGCCCUCACAGUUUUGGCAAUGGGAUGUCCAACCUUGAAACUAGUUUCCACAAGCUCUCAACAUUGGCCAGGGCGACAGAUGUGCGCAUUGUGUUCGACACAAAUUGGCUUGGGAAGAAAAACCUUGCUAGGCUUCGAAGUGCUGUCGAAACCUCCCGGCAACUCACUGGAGUUCCGGUCAUUCCGCAAUUCGCCCGUUUGUAUCAGCAGGCAGACUGGUCAAUCCUCAGCUCUAUUCAGGGUGCCAAAUCUGGACCUCAUCGUCCCACUGGAGACUGGACGUCCAAAGCUGUACCUUCAAUUGAGGACGCGGUAGCUGGAGCCCCUCCUUUCGAAGACGCGAUAUAUGACGCCCCGCCUUCGUAUGCGCAAGUGUCAAACAAGCGCUCGAGACAAACUCGCACUAGCUUGACACCCGACUCUCCUCCACCGAAGCGCCUCCUCCAAGAUCCCACAUGCGUGCCAUCGCCAACAGAACGCGCCUCUUCCCCAUCGUCACCUAGCUCAAAGUCCACACCUUCGUCCACCGCCACCGUGCAAGUGGAUAUUUUCCAAGACAUUGUCACAUCCGCUGUCCAGAAAGUGCUUCCGGACAUGCUGCGCGAACAACUUCCCAGCAUUCUGCAAGACUUUCUUCCAGGCAUGCUUGCUGACCCCUCACCGUCGCCUUCUUUAUCGCCGACACCACGGUCCAGCCAGAGCGCGGACACGCUCGCACAACACCGUCGAACUUUAAACAAGAAACCCACGCCGGCGGCAGUCAUCAGGACUGUUAUAAGCACUGCUACCAAGACCCACCUUCAAAAAUUCUUGACUGAUGCCCUCGAUGAAGCCUACGAGCAAGUCUCCGAGCUUCAUAACUCAGCUAGCGUUGAGUUCGAGGAACACCUUGAUGACACGAGACUUGAUUUUGCUAUGCUCAAGGAGGAUCAUAUCGCCGCCUUCAAUGAAGAUUGCAACGAGAAGUUGGUGGAGUUCAAGGAGCGUCUAGUCGAGGGGAAAGAUGAGGCAGAAGUGGAUGUGAAGGCACACGCUGACGAGGUAGUGGUCAAGGCUUGGGACAGGUUGAGUAUGAUGGAUAAGAGGUGGUGUAGUCAUAAAUGCCUGCACGAUACAAAGGACAUGGCUGGCAAGUCGACACAAAAGCGGAGAUCGAUGUCUCUGCCCCUAUAG